ACUCUGCAAAGACAGCAUUUGAGAAAGAAUAAUUUCACAUCCAUCCCUGCUGACUCCUCAUGAGCAGCGAUAAAGAUUUCUGUGCCAGAUGGAAGGGUGAUGCCCUCAGCAACAACAGGAGAAGCAGUGACAAAUGCAAGGCUCUGGAGAACUGCAAUAAUUUUAAGUCUUAACAAAUUCCUGAAACUUUUGAUACUUCUGGCUGUUGUUUCUGAAAACUGCAGCAGAUGGAUCGCUUGUUCCAUUCAGCAUGACAUUUUUGUAUUGCCAUAGAAAGGGCAAAGAUUACUUUCACCUCAUCCUCCUUCUCGCUGAGUAAAAGCAUAAACAUGACUAGAACAUGUUACCAGUGGGUAAUAACAUGACUUUGAAUGAAGAUUGUAAUGGUCAAGAGUGUAAUUAAUUUGUUCAAAACAAAUACUGCUUUGUCUGUGGAAGUAGAUCUGCCCACAUGUUUCUCAAGUGCAUUUAUGGAGGGUGGUUACAAUAACUCCCCCGUAGUUCAGAAGCACACAGUAGUAAUUAAUAAUACCACUUGGCAUUUGUGAUUCACAUAUCAGCAGACAGGCAGGUGUUGGAGUCAAUCUUAUGGUUUGUCACAGCACAGAGAAAAUGAGAGCCAAGCGUGGUCUGGGAUGCUCAAUGAUUCACUUCUUUGUGUUCUCUCCUCUUCAAAAGCUGCCUGUUGUUUCCAAACAAGAACGCUAUCAUUUCAAACUUCCCCCAUUAUUUUGAGGAAGCAUACACAAACCCGCGUGUCAGCGCUCCCUCACUGCACUCGCUUUACUCGAUGGCUUGCUGUAAACGCAGACUAACAAGCAACAGAGGCCUCAGCAGGCUCCCGAAGGCUCCUCCCCGCUGCACAGCCCAGCACUCAGCCGUGCCGCCGGGCGGAAGUGCGAGCCGCGGUAGGGAAGCGGGCGCUGCGCCGUGCCCGUAUUCUCAGCCCCAAUCUGCUGCGGGGCGGGCCGUGCAACUCGCGCUGCGGAAAGGCUCAGGCGGCCCCGGCGGAGCGGCAGCUACUUGAUUAGCAAGAUGAAGCCUGCUAAAUUGCACUAUUGGAUAUUGGGUUGUUUUUCUAUGGCACUGUGUUGUUGGUGUGCUUCAGAUAAAUUCCCUCAGAGUGAUAGCCAUUCUCACACCUGGAAAAAGCUGUAUCUUGCUCACCACUGGCCAGUGACUGUAUGCAAGAUGAGUGCUAAUGAUUGUGAAGACCCUCCAGACUACUGGACAAUUCAUGGACUGUGGCCUGACAAAGGUGAAGAAUGUAAUAGGACGUGGCAUUUCAACGUCACAGAGAUUAAGGAUCUUAUGUCAGACAUGAGACGCUAUUGGCCUGAUGUGAUUCAUUCAUCUCUGAAUCGCACCCACUUCUGGAAACACGAGUGGGAGAAGCAUGGCACCUGCGCAGCCUCACUUCCGAUUCUAGAUUCUCAGAAGAAAUAUUUUAGUCAAACCCUGGAACUCUACCAGCGUGUUGACCUUAAUGGUUUUCUCCUGAAAGCUGGGAUAAAGCCAGGCAGUACAUACUACCAGAUGGCUGAUAUAAAGGAAGUGCUUACAAAACUUUAUGGUGUUACACCAAAGAUCCAGUGUCUUCCUCCAGAAGAGAGUGAAAAAGCACAAACACUGGGUCAGAUUGAAUUCUGCUUCACCAAGGAAUUGAAGCUGAGGAACUGCACAGAGCCAAAGGGUGAAUCCAGCCAAAUGCACACCAGCUUGCAGCUUGUGACAGAGGAGUUAUCUGUCUGCAAUGACACUCUCCCAGUCUAUUAUCCUUCACAAGUCCAAGAUCACAAAUGGAGCCUCAAGAGCUUGAAAAACUUCUUCAACAAAACAAGUUAAUGACAACAAUCCCUUAAAGUCAUACCUUGGAAAGCAAUUUUGACUUAGCAAUAUUACAAAACCUUGUCUGUAUCAGGUGUUCUGAGGGCACUUCUGCUUGGGAAAAAGAACCAAAAAAAUGCUUUGGCCAUUAUAAAAGAAAAUAGUUUGCAUUGUAAUACCAGCUAUGUAGGCUGGAGUCUUGAAUUGCUGGUCUGGUACAGAUGAAAUCAGAAUCUGAUUUAGAGCUCUGUCUGUACUUCUUGGCUUAUUUUAUAAUUUGAAUCAGUGUUCAAAUAAGCUGUGGCGACUUAGUUUCAUUUGCAGUUCAAUCUGCCACUUCAGCCACAUGUUUUUUUGGCAGUGACUCAGGGUAGCUAAGUUAUUCUUCGUUUUAAAAAGAUGCUUAUCAACUUGAGAUGACAAUUUAUUGAAGGGAAUAUUGUAAAAUGGAAGAACUUGAGACCUGUCUGCUUUGUGUAAAUAUGUUCUCCAGAAGCACUGUAGCAUUAAACCUUUCCUCGCUCAGAUUACAGGUGCCCAAAAAUGACAACCUUUUAACAAAUAUACUUAUUGGCAUCUGCUAAAAGAACCCCGAGAUUGUACUUGCAGCCUCACCUGUUCAUAGGUUGAUUUUGGCCCAGUGACUAAUACCCUCAUGAAGAGUGACUGGUUUUAAAUUGUCUGCUUUUAUAGGAAAAUAAUAUUAGACCCUAGAAAUAUUCUUAAUGUUUAACAAAUUUGAACAAUUAGCAAUUAAUCCCAUAACAAUAACAAGCCACAAAGUUGCAUGCUUCCAAGUAAGACUGAUUUAGAUGAGAUCCUCUACACAGUGCUAUGGUGAUGCAAGUGUCUCAAAUUGUCUUUGAAAGACAAUUAGGACUCAAAGAACCAUCUGUUAGAGAAGUGUAUUACUGCAAAAAUGGUAAAAGCAUUGUUAAGGACAAAUUUAUGUUAUCUUUUAGGUUUUAGGUUUAGAAACCAUUUGUAUUUACUUGGCUUGUCCCUGUACCUCUCCUUUAAGGCGGCUACCUUGCCAUUCCAGAGUACUGUGGUUGUAUUUUUUUUCCAAGUCCUCUCUAGAAAAGGAGGGUUCAAGUCCUCUCUAGAAAUUUGAAUUCUUUAUUUUUUUUUAAUACAUGAGAUGGGGUAUGAUCUGCAUUUUAGCACGUCAACACUUCAGUAAAGCAUGGGUUUUUCUUUCAAACUUCUUUCCUUCCUGUGUCAAGGAAUGUAACAGAUCUGGAGUAUGUUAUACAGCCUUUAAAGUCAGCACUAAAAAAAGUUAUCCUUUUAUUCUUUUUCCCUACACCGUUAUUGUUGUAGUGGAAAUACUCAAAAUUGAUCUUUGACAUCAAAAAUGUCAAAUACAGAAGGGAAAAGGCAGAGGAUGCAGUAUGUGGUACUUGUUGUAAGGAGGUAUAAGCUCACUGCUGUUUUAAGUACAUUAGUGUUUAUGGGUUAACUAAUUUCAAGGGCUGUGUGAUUGUUAAAUUUGAGAGUGGUGGGUUGUUUUUUUUUCAGUGACUUUUGUUUGGCUGAAAUUCACCUUUACAUCUUUUUUGAAGUGUAACAGGAUGAAUUCUGCUCUUGAUUCAGUGAGAACUUUGCACCUGUUUCUGAGUGGAAGGUGAUUCAAAGACCAGAAAUUAUCUGUUGUGCAUUGGUAUUUUUGGCCAUUUUUCAGGGAGUGCUGUGAUGAUCCAGUAUUUUCUCUGGGGUUGACUUUAAUAAUUGUGUAAUAUUCUGGUAAGAACAGUAAAGAGCACACUAUAAAACUUCUGUAUAUGUAUAUGUUUGUGUAUGCAUUGUACAUAAUAUAUCACGUCUGUUUGCAAUUAAGAACACCAAUACAGCUUGAUUAUGAACACAGUUCUCAAUUAGAACAACUGACUUCUCAAAAUCUGUAGAUGUUGUCAUCUUGGGAGCAAGGGUAACGUGAGAAAAAAGAUAUAAAAUCUGUAAUGGUA